AUGGCCGCCCACGGCAAGCCCAAGCCCAAGCCGCCCGGUGCCCCCGCGCCGCCGCCGCCGCCCCCGCCACCGACGGCGGCAGAGGCGAAGAAGGGCUUCAUGCGCCGGAUGUUCCCCUUCCUCCUCGCCGUCAACGCCUUCGUCGGCGCCUACAUGCUCGUCAGGACCUACUACAAGGACUCCCCGGCCAAGACCGCCGACGCUGCCUCUGCAACUGCCACGGCGUCCACCGCCGUCGAGUCCCAGGAGCCUGUUGCCGCCGUCGCGCCCGUCAAGCCGGUGCUUCCGCCGAUCCCCGAGGACGAGCAGCGCCGGGUCUACAAGUGGAUGCUGGAGGAGAAGCGCAAGGUGAAGCCGCGCGACGCCGCAGAGAAGAAGAGGCUUGACGACGAGAAGGCCCUGCUCAAGCAGAUCAUCCGCGCCGACACCCUCCCGGCAGACUGGUCUUGUUGCUUGUGUUGCUCUAUGCUUCUUAAGAUAAGGAUUUAG